AUGAAGAACGCCUACUGUGAGGACGGAGCACAGCUUGAAGGCUCCCAAAUCGUGCAAACUUCGUCAUGCGUAUACCUAGGAUGUUCCAUGAACAUGGAAAACGACUUGAAGGAAGAAUUGAAUAGAAGAAUGAAAGCAGCAUGGGCAGCAUUCCCACCCGUCAGGGAAUCUACGGAUCAAGUGAUGGACCAAGAUCUUCGUGAUAAUCUGUUUGACUCGACAAUUCUUCCAGCAGUCUGUUACGCAGCGGAGACGUGGGUAGACAUCACUGCCACGUCUAGGAAGCUAGUUACUACCCGCAGAGCCCUUGAGAGAUGUCUUCUAAAGUUUAACCGGCGCACACAACACCUAUCCGGUCUUUCGCAGCUCCGAAUUAAGAGGAAUGUUCCGUCUUCGCGACCCAGCGGAGUAUAUAUCGAAAACAAAGCAUAG